UUGUACUCCAAUAAGAAUGGCGAGUUACAGUGAAUGGGAAAGCGUGCGCGACACCAUUGCGUCCGAAGCCAGCAAGACGGUGGUGGUGCUCUUCGAUGCGCCUUGGGCCGCUGCCAAGACAAAGAUCGCCCUGAGUAACUUGGAAUUGUUGCUUGGAGCCCAUCGCACCGACCUGGUGUAUGUGCGCGUGGAUGCAUCUCACAUCGACGACGACGAUGUGAUUGACUUGGGUGUGGGCGAAUUGCCUUUCAUUCAAGUGUACACCCAAGGCACCCUCGUCGCUGGACUCGACGCGACCGAUGCAUUGGUGGCACGCAACUUGGUGCGAUAUAUCGGCUGGCACGCCGGUGACAACAAUGCCGUCGACAACGGCACCGUCGUGCCCGCCGUGGACUACGCCAAACUGACGUCGGUGGUGGACGCCAUCACCAAAGGCGAGACUGACUUUAUCGCCAACUGCGCGAAUGUGUCGGCGGCCAUCUGGGACGCCUUUCAUGAGGCCAAGCGACCUGUGAACUGGGCCGGGUUUUACUUGAAUCGUCCCGUGGAAAACUCAGACACGCGGCUGUUGGUGCUCGGGCCAUUCCAUGGCAAACCCGCAUGCAAGCGUAUCCAACUGCACAGCGGGGUAUGCGGCGCGGCGGCGUCGACGCGACUCAUUCAGCGGAUUCCAAACGUGCACGACUUCCCAGGACACAUUGCGUGCGACUCUGCGUCGGCGUCCGAGCUCGUGGUUCCCGUCCUCGUCCAGGGCGACUUGAUCGGUGUCCUCGAUUUAGAUUGUCCGGAACUGAAUGGGUUUCAUCAAGCCGACGCCGACGGAUUGCAAGCGAUUGUCGACUUGUUUGCGAAUCGAACGCACUGGGACUCGCUGACGUUACCGGUGCGCAAUUUGCCGCUGGAACCGCAUCCCGAGCACUAAUGACUUCGUGUGUAUACCUACAGUGUACCUACCAAAAGUGUACAGUACACGACUGUCAACGAAUACACUUAGUGUCACAAUUGCAACAGACGAGUGGUAUUGCCAUCAAAAGGAAGCUAUCCCCAUCAAGCCUCCAUCACACGUUGUUGAUGGUAUGGCCAGACACGAAUACAGGAUGAAACAGA